AUGAUCAAUCUCCAAUCCCUAUUAUUAUGGCUUUGCGAAAAAAAGGAAUCAAAGAGAUUCAAUCGGUUGUACAAGGAAAACAAGUCGAUGUUUCAGGCUAGUUUCCUUACUGAUUCUCCGCCCGAUAGUAUCGAAUGGUGUCCCGUUCGUCAAAAUAUAUUCGCAUGUGGCACCUAUCUAUACAAUCCAGAAAAUACUACUCGACAGGGUUCGAUCUACCUCUUUCAAUAUAAUUCAUCGUCGAAAACGAUCGAAGUUAAUCAGCAACAAUCUACCGAAGGCAUACUCGAUUUGAAAUGGGUUCAAUGUUCACCCGAACAUACAUUUCUCUCAACUGUGUCCGCACUCGGACAGUUAUCGUUGUAUCCUUCGAAUGAUUUAACCAAACCAAUCAUAUGCGAAGAUGUUACCAAUGACCAGACAAUUGCAUUAGCACAUUCAUGGUUCCAUCUAACGAAUCAUUACGUCAUUAUCAGUGAUCAGCAAGGUUAUCUAUCAGUAUGUGAAUUGGAUAAUACCAAUGGUUUACGUUUUAGUCAAUCAUGGUCGGCACAUGAAUAUGAAUGUUGGGCCUGUGCCUGGGAUAAGCACGAUCCUAAUGUAGCUUAUUCUGGUGCUGAUGAUACGUUGUUUAAAAUCUGGGAUAUCAGAGAUUGUAAACAAGCAACGCAUGUCAAUCGUAAACAUACAAUGGGCAUCUGUUCUAUUGUUGUUGAUGAAACUAAUCCAUAUGAAUUGUUAACUGGUUCAUUCGAUGAAUAUCUACGACAAUGGGAUAAACGACAAAUGACAAAUCCCGUCAAAGAUAUAAAACUCGGUGGUGGUGUAUGGAAAAUCCGGCCGCAUCCAUUAAAUCAUGAUCUUCUAUUGUGUGCUUGUAUGCAGAAUGGUUUUGUUAUUGUCGAUUUGAAGCUUUUAAAGAUUUUAUGUCACUAUACUCAACACGGUUCAUUAGCAUACGGUUGUGAUUGGCAAGCCAAUGAUUCGAUCAAUCAAUUGAGUGAAUUAAUGGAUGAUUGUAUGGCUGUUGAAACAUCGACCAUCGAUACCGGAAAGAUUCUUUCCGAAAGUUUGAUUGCAUCUUGUAGUUUCUAUGAUAAAACCGUUCAUGUCUGGAGUCAAUAA